UUUCAUUAUUGAUCAUCAAAAAAUAUUUGCUUUGUUUUAUGUCUUCGAAUUUUUGUUUUGUUAAUUUUACAAUUAUGGAUGAACAGAUAAUCGAUAACUUUCUUGAAUCAGAUGUAUACACAAUUGAUGAUUAUUUGGAAGAUGAUUUUGAAAUUACCGAUGGCAAUGGCGAAAAAAUGCUUCAGAAAAUCAAUUUUUACAACAGAUGUCUUCCAUAUUAUGAACAAUUGGAACGAAUGCGGGUGAAAUAUUGGGAAAAUUUAAAAAACAAUCUGUCUUGUUCAAUGUUGAGCAAUAAUAAUGAUUGUCUCUUUUCCAAAUGGAUAGAUACAUUUUCAUCGUACAUUUCAAUCUAUGAUCUUGCUUUCACUAAAGAAGAACACAUUUUUCUCAUAAAAUUAUUUCAUAAUUCCCUGGCAUUUUUUGAAUAUGAUUAUCAACUAUCAAAAAAAUUGAUUGAAUUAUUAUCCCGACUUUUGAGAGAGACAAAACAUAUAACCAGAUUAGAUCUAGAACUUGAUUGGCGUGUUCUUUACACUUUGUAUGAAAAUAUUACAAAUUCUAAAUGUAAAUUUGGGAUUAGCGUGAAGCAUGAACAGAAAAAAAAUUGAAACAACUAAUUUGCUUUGCUAGAGCAUAUUUUUCUAAAGAUUCAACCAAAGAAAUGUUAGAUGAAUGGAAACAAUAUCUUUGUAUUCACAAUGAAAAAUAUCGGCUAUACAUGGAAUAUUUUAGCCUGUUUUUGCCUACAUUGCUUCCACCCGAGGAGCAUGAAUUCGGUUUUAAACUUUGGCUCGAUGAUUUCAUUGAUAUGCUUAAUUGGUCUCAGGUACCAUACACAACAUUAUCAAAUUUAUUAGCCCGUCUGGCAGAAGAUGUUUAUGGCUAUAUCGAUUGGGAACCAUAUCUGCCUUACUUUUUUCAAAAACUCAAUUCUAAACCAAAUAUAAUCUAUCUUUUAGAUUGUCUCAAAAUAUUUACAUGGACCAUAUUACCUAGCAAUACUGAAAAUUUUAAAAAAUUUCUUCUAAUAGCAAAGAAUAGUCGUGAUAACUUCAUAUCGAAAUCCUAUUCGUUUGUUCCUUAUGCUUUAGCUAUAAUGAUCACGCGACGAUACAAGAAAGAACAGCAAAAUCUUUGGUUUCAUUAUGCUCAUGGUAAUCAUAAACUGGACGAAAAAACAAUUAAUGAAAUUGGCGCCAUAUUAUUGGAAAAUUUUAUCGAUUCAUAUUUUUGUAAAACACAAUCGACGGACAAUUAUCAAUUUCUAUACGGUAUUUUGAAUUUGAAUCAUAAAUUAGUUGCAGAAAGAAUCCCAGAAAAAUUGCAAAUCGCUUAUGAACAAAUUUCAGAACCAUGGCGCUUGAAAGCAAUUUUGAAGUUGUAUUCUGUGUCCAUAUUUCCUAUUAUAAUGGAUAAUCAAAUUGGACCUAAAUAUCGUAUAGAAUUGGUUCCAAUGUUGUUUCAAUUGAUCGAAACAUUUAAUACAUAUGAUCAUGAUCUUUGUAUGGCACAAUUGAUCGCCAUUAAAUCCAUCUUAAUUUUAGAAUUUCCAAUUAUUGAUUGUUCAUCACUGUGCCAAAUAUCCGACAAAGUUUUGACCGAAUAUGAAUUGGAAAUGUGUUUGCAAUCAGUCCGAUUAGAAGAAUUUCCUAUUGGUUUCAUGAGAUGUUGCCAAAACAUUAUCGAUUCGAACAAUGAAAAUUUAUUCGCUGACCUUGCAAAAAUGGAUUCAUUGUCAUGCAUAGUGUUUUUCAUUCUAACUCGAACAUCUGAAAAAAUAGCAAAAGCUUUUAUCGAUAAUUUUUUUUCAUUCAUCAUCUCAAAUAUAUAUGAGAAUGGAUACAUUGUGAUAAAAAUUAUCAUGAAUUCAAUAGCUAUGGUCUACCCAGAUUAUAUGAUGAAAAAGUUAUUUCCGUUGAUUUCCGAACAUUUGAAAAUGCUAGCCGUCAAUAAAGAUAUAAAAUUGUCUAAAUCUUUGGAGAAAGACUUGAAAUAUCAUGUCAAAAUAUUCGGAUACUUGUUUUACUGCAAUGCUGAAUUAUUGUCCUUGUAUCAAGAAGAAAUACUGAUCUUACUCGAAGAAAUUAGUCAUUUGAAUUUGGAUUCGAAUUCUUCUAUUGUUUAUAACCUAUUGAUCAAUCUAUAUAACAGUUUGAUCAGCGAAAAAAAUUUUGUUUCUGUACAAGAACUUAAACCCGAAAUGAUGAUGUUCGAAAAUUGGCCUAAAUUAAUUACAAUAAAAGAAUUUUCAACCAAAUGGCAUAAACAGACAACUAAUGGAUUGAAUUUUGCUCAUCGUUUGCUAAAAAUUUUUAUUAAGAAUAAGCUCAUUUUAUUGGAAAAUUGGAUAGAAACAAAAAUUGAAAUGACAAACGACGAAUUAUUGAAAAAUUUAAAAUUCAUAUCAUUAUUUGACGAAUUGACAAUAAGUUCACCAGAAUUUUUAUCAUUUCCAGCAAAUGAUUCAUCUUCAUAUCUAUCUAAUAUGGAUAACCCAUUCUUGAAUGAUUUGAUUAAAUGCCGAGAACAUAUCAUAAUUGUCAUGCAUAAAGUUUUGACCAAAUUGGAGAAAAUGAAUUCCGAUGACACUCGUUCUUAUAAGGCGAUCAUUGAUAUCUAUGCUGCAAUGCUAACAAAAUCAUCUCAUUUUUCUUGCAAAAAAUUCAAACAAAUACGUUUAUAUGAGCGUCGGACUAAUCCGAAUGAAUUUUUAUGGUUUCUGCAUUUAAAUGCUGCAAAUGCUCGUGAUAGAUUCAUACAAAAAGAAUUAAUAAAUGUCAUGCGAAAACGUUUAACGGAAAUGGAUAUUACUAUAAUGAAAAAUCUGAUUUCAUUGUCUCGAUCAAAUUACCAGUCAAUCAGACGUAAUGUUAAGAGUACUUUGGCCAAAAUAUUCCAAUAUCAUGUCAACUCAUCAUUGUUAAUUUCGGAUGAAAUAAUCUAUAAUUUAAACAUUCAAGACGCUGAUUCUUUGAUCGGUGUUCUUGACUUGUUGCAUCUUAAUGAAGAUCGUUCCCUGAUGUUUUGUUCUUCUUGGGAUACAUUGCUUAAACUGUAUCCAAUUUUGAUAAAAACAAAAUUUUCUGAAAAACCGGAAAUCACCAGAAUAUUUGAUGAAGAUUUUGAACUCCUAUUUCAAAAUAAUUAUUUUAUGAAGCCAUUAGAAAAAAAUUAUUCAUUAGAAUCAUUGUUUUGCUAUUUCGAAGAAGGAAAAUCAUUGAACUUUCCUCCGAUCGCCGAAGAUGUAAUCGAAGCAUUUAGACAAAAGAUAAUGGAUUCUAAUCAGAAUAAUCGUGCUGCGUAUAAUAAAUUAAUUAACCAAUUAUUGACCAUAAUGCUUAAUGAAAAUUUACAUUGGCGUUUUUAUUAUUUUGGAUUCUUGCUUUUGAACUAUCUUAUUCGAACUGAUAUUGAUUUUCCUAUCAAUGGUGUUCGAUUUUUUAUUCAUAAUUUGGCGCAUGAUUUGCUACUCAUUCGAAAAAUAGCCCGCACAGGUUUAGUGAAGAUUAUGCAAAUAAUGCUGCCAAAGAAGAUUACAUCAAGAAUUGAAGGGCUUGAAUCGAUUAAUUAUGACGAAAAUGAUUUGGGUUGUCUCCAUAAUGAAGAGAUUUUCGAUCGGCAAUUGUUUUUAGACAAAAAUCAUCAUGGUUAUUACAAAAAUUUGCCAUUCAAAAUUAAAAAAUUUGACUCAUUCGAAAAGAAUGCCCAAUUUGAAGUUCUAUCAAUUGAAUUUAAUAAAUCAACAUUUCUGGAUAAAGUAUUCACGUUGAAUUCAAUCGAAAAUGGCACUAGAAUCAGUGAUGAGAAUAUCAAGUUUUGGAAAUUAUACUUUACGCUUAUCAAAUUGGAAUUUUCAGAUCAGAUAUUUUCUCGCGUCACUUUGCUUCUUGAUAAACAUAGAUACCAUUAUGAUAAAUAUGCUUUAGAAGUUUUAUGCGGUUUGACAAAAGCGAGCAAACAUUUUGAAUAUCAUGCUUAUAAAAAAUUUCAAACAUUUUUCUUGGUUAUUAUUGAAAAUAUUUUUUCAAUUUGGAUUCUGAAUCAAAAACCUUUUGGGAUGAAUUGUUCUAUUCUUUAUUUCACUUUGGUGAUCUUAAACGCUCAUUGUGGUGUGUCAAAUUUCUUAUCGAAAAGACAACGAAUUCUGUAG